CACUGCUUCAUGCUCAUCCCAUGUUCUGCAGGAACCUGCACAGUAGAUGGCGUCCUCCCUUUGAUUCGAAAGAUCUGUGACAAUCGUCGCUUUUGUUUCGCAUACGCUCAUGUGGACCAGGACCCCUGUCCAACUGUCUCCAAAUAUCUGGAGAUUGUCUACAGCUGUGAACAAGAAGUGUGUCUGCACGGCCUGGGUGUUGAGGAUGGACUGGUCACUGACUCUCAGCUCACUGCUUCUUCCUCCACUGGUGGUUUCACUCCUGAUAAAGCCAGACUGAAUGGAAAUUCCUGUUGGAUGCCUUCAGGAAGCCCAAGCUCAAGCUGGAUCCAGGUGAACCUGGGUCCCAUCAGAAAAGUAACAGGGAUCGCCAUCCAAGGUUGUCCUCAAAACGACCACUGGGUCACUAAGUUCAGGAUCAAACACAGUAUGGAUGGAAACACCUGGACAGAUUACACUGCUGACGGAGAGUUUUUCCCAGGCUCAACUGAUCGGAACACCGUGGACACUCAGCUGAUGGGAACACCUGUGUCCGCAAAGUACGUCCGUAUCCUUCCACUGGAAUACAGCGGACAGACAGGACUGCGUUUUGAUGCUUUGGGGUGCACCCCUGACUAUGCCGUUAGAUGCUCCAGCAAGGCCAACUUUAACUCCUUCAAUGACAAAAUGACUGUCCACUGUCCAGCACAUUGUGCCAAAGAAAAUUAUGAAGUUUUCGGUACGACCACAUAUCGUGGGGACUCCAACAUCUGUGCAGCAGCCAUCCAUGCUGGAAUUGUCCUCAAUGAAAAUGGAGGAGACUGCACCUUGUUGAAAGCUCCAGGACAGGACUUCUACACAGGUUCCACCAGGAAUGGGAUCACCUCCAGAGAGUUUGACGGGAACUUCGAGGUUUCCUUCACUUUUGCAGAUGGCGAGCUCAGGUGCUCGGGACCAGACUGGCAUGAGUUUGGUGAUUUCUGCUACAAGGCUUUCAGUGACAAAAAAACCUGGCACGACGCACGGGAAAGCUGCAGGAAGUUGGGAGCUGAUCUGGUGUCCAUCCUCUCCAUGGUUGAGCAGAGCUGGUUGGAAAGUUAUCUGUAUUUAUUGACCAGUGAUACGUGGAUUGGACUAAAUGACCUAAAGGUCCAAGGCUUUUUCACGUGGUCAGAUGAACACAUGACCACCUUCACCCACUGGGCUCCCGGAGAACCAAACAAUCACGAGGGCUUCAACGAAGACUGCGUAGAGAUGUGGAACACAACUGGUCGAUGGAAUGACAAACCCUGUACAGAGCUCAACAGCUACAUAUGCAAGAUGCCCAAAGACCAUUACCCCCUGCCCUCUGUGCAGCCCACGGUGUACGGUUGUCCUGCGGGCUGGAGUGCAUACGGCUACUCCUGUUACUGGAUGGAGGAGUCGGUCAAGACCUGGACCGAGGCUAAAACCUUCUGCACCGAGAAAGAUGGCGUCCUGCUGCACAUUGGAGACAUUUAUGAACAAGCACACUUCACAGUAGUGUUGGCAGGAAGGACUGGGUUCUGGUGGCUUGGCCUGCGAGCUCAUGGUGGGGACGGUGGGGGAGUGGACUACAUCUGGGACAAUGGGUCCCCUGUCACCUUCACUCACUGGGACAGAGACCAGCCAGGUUGGAUUAUUGUGACUACUUCACUGAAUGGACAGGGAAACAAGGACACGUCAGAAACUCCUCUUUUGUCCCCAGAUAACGGAGAGGGUACAUGUGUGGCGAUGACAACCGGGCAGCCUGGAGGAUUCUGGGAUGACAAACCAUGCUCAGAGAAAUAUGCCUUCAUAUGUGAGAAACCUAGACCUGACAUCAGCCCACCCACCAGACCCCCGACCCCUCCUCCAUCACAGGGCUGUUCUGAAGGCUGGACCGCGCUGCCUCACUUCAGGAACUGUUACAAGCUAUUCCACAAUGUGGACUGGUCCUCAAAGAAAAGCUGGGGAGCAGCACGUGAGGACUGUGUGGCCAGAGGAGGAGACCUGGUCAGCAUCCACAACCAGGAGGAGGAAGACUUUCUGUCUCUGUACAGCAAGGCCAGCAGCAAGUGGAUCGGCCUCAAACGCAACUCCGUUGAAGGAGGGUACUCCUGGAGCGACGGCACACCUGUGUCUCACACCAACUGGGGACAUGGUGAACCAAACGAUCAUGAGGGACGGGAGGAGUGUGUGGAGAUGAUGAGCAACACCAACGGGACACAGUCGUGGUGGAACGAUCUCAACUGUGACGCUCACCAGGACUGGAUAUGCAUGAUUACUAAAGGAAAGACCCCCGUCCCGCCCCCAGUGACUCCACCUCCAAUCCCAGCUCCUGACUGUGGAGCCAACCCAGGCUGGAGGAAGAAUAACAACAUCUGUUAUUACUACAACGACACUAACGUGGUGGACUUUCACACCGCCAUGGUUCGCUGCUACCAUGAGAACGCCUCCCUCGUCUCCAUCCUCAACAGUAACGAACAGGCCUUUGUCAACAGCAUGGUUGGGACAGGGAAGGUGGCUGCAUCCUGGAUUGGGAUGCGGGUGUUUGGCAUCGCAAGUGCACAAUACAUGUGGGUGGACCAGUCCCCUGUGACCUACACUCACUGGGCUUCAGGUGAGCCCAACAACGCUAACGGGGAGGAGCAGUGUGUUCAGUUUAACAGACAUCAAGGUGGAUGGAACGACGCCAACUGUGGCCGAACUGCAGGUUACCUUUGCAAGAAGUUCCCCGGAGACAUUCACACCACUCCUGCACCCACACAGCCCUGGCAGGGAUACUGUCCUGCAGGAUGGUUGCGUUUCAGGAACAAGUGCUUCAUAUUCAAAGGGAAGAAAAAUGACUUGAAAGCCAACUGGACGUACGCUCGGAGUUGGUGCCAGGAACAAGGAGGAGAGUUGGCAGUCAUUGAUGACCAGUAUGAAAAUGACUUUGUGGCCAGUUACCUGAGGGACCUGGAGCUGCCCACGUGGAUUGGUCUGUCAGAUCUCUUAAAUGAAAACCAAUACACCUGGAGCGACGGCGUCAGCCCAGUGCUGUACACCAACUGGAACCAGAAUGAACCAAACAACGCAGGAGGAGCGGAAGACUGUGUAGCGAUGGCUCACGGCCCCCUGGUGACUGGUAAAUGGAACGACGACGCCUGUCACAAGGAACACAGCUUUGUUUGCUACAAGGGGAAAUCAAACAGCACCGGCCCUCCACCCCCGACACCCACCUCCUGCCCCCCUGACUACGUACCCUGGUACCAGAACUGCUACAAGCUGGUGCAUGAGCCCACACCAUGGGACGCAGCCCAAGCAGCGUGCAAACAGGAGGGUGGAAACCUGGUCAGCAUCGACUUGAGCUACGACCAGGCCUUCGUCUCCAUAGUGGUGCAGCAGGCCAAGUCUGACGUGUGGAUUGGACUCCGGCGCAAGGACGAUGGCUCGUACUACUGGUCCGACGGCUGGCCAGUGUUCUUCACUCAGUGGGGUCCAGGAGAGCCCACUAACAUCAAGGAUGAGGGCUGUGUGAGCAUGCUGGUUUCACGAUUCUUCUAUGGAACCUGGAACGACACCAAGUGUGAAGUGGCCAAACCCUACAUCUGCAAAAUCACCAGAGAAACCCCACCUCCGACUCCUGCCCCCGGCGAUGGAAAGUGUUUGCCCUUCUGGAUUCCCUACGGUCGCUACUGUUACCUAGUGUACAACAGUGAGAAGGGCUACUCCUGGCCCGACUCUCGACACUACUGCCAAGAAGCCAAAGCAGAGCUGGUGUCCAUCCACAGCAGAGCAGAGGUGGAGUUCAUCAGAAACCUCAACUACACCAAAAAACACAACAUCUGGAUCGGACUCACCAGAGAUCGAAACUUUGGCUGGGGCUGGACAGAUAAGACGUCCGUUGGCUACGUGAACUGGGCUCCUGGAGAACCCAACGCGGCCUUCCAUCCUGGUGACGUGGCCGAGGAGAACUGUGUGGAGAUGUACGACGAUGGACGCUGGAACGACAACAACUGUCUGCAGAAGAGAGGCUUUGCAUGUCGACAUCGGCAGUAUUACACCACAGAUGAUGGCGGGAAUCCCAUUUUCCCCACAGACGGGCCACAUAUCAACCAAGGAGCGGUGAUCGCGGGUGCCGUCAUUGCAGCCGUGGUGAUUUGCAGCCUGAUCGUUGGAGCUCUUUACUACGUCUUCAGUGUUCGAGGAUAUAACGUCAAAGCCUUGAGUUGGCCGUCAAAGUCCUCAACAACAGUAGAUGUGGUAAGUUCAGAAAUCCACACGUAUUGUGAAAAAGAAAUAGAAUUACGGGGGGUCCUCGACUUUUGAGACGUACAAACUGAACUGAACAUUAGUACCCAUGUCGCUCAGCUACACUAACGCAGUGGUGACAUCAUAAUCUCGGACAUAUCGAAAAUAUCAGAAGAGUCUGAUUUACGCCUGGGAGCCAAAAUGAAGGGCAAAAAUUUCCUUAAAAAACGCAAACUAAAGAAAGCGAAUGUAGCAUAAUCCAGUUUAUGACCAACAACCGACGAACGUAAACAAAACUGUCAGACACUGCGUGUAUCUCCACGUGACGACAUAUUUGUCCUCUCUUAUCACCAAUUACUUCCCGUGUGAUAUUUGUUUAACGCGACACGUCUAAAUAAUGAUACAAACUUUCUUACUACAUUUAUGGGAAAUGGCGUAAUGACGAAACACCGUCGAGGGUUGAGGACAUAGCAAACCGAGCGAGGACCUCCUGUAUUAUCAUUUAUAAAUAUUAACUUUUUUUCCCCUCUUCUGUUGAAGCCUCAUUUCAGCAAUCCUAACUUUGGAGCAGAGUGAAACAGGCGAACUGCAGACAUGUUUUGUACAGUCAAAUGUUUUUUUUUAAGCCAAAAUUUUUAAAUCAUUGACAAUCGUCUUCAAGAUGUCCACAGAGUUUAUGAUAAGAUAUUGUACAUACAUUCGAAUCUGACAGAAAAAUCCUCAAGAUUUGUUCAAGUCAAACAGUGUUGACGUUCGUUUGUGACAUCAGGCAAACAUGAAAUGUUUUGGGGUUUUUUUGUUUGCACUCUGAGAAAAAUAAUGACAUUAAAGAUUGCGUGUUAUAUCCAGUGUUUAUUCAUCUGUGUACACUGCAACACAAAUUCCUCAAAUAUUUCACAAAAUGAAAAAGAACAAAAUCAAUGUCCUUCAGAAUCCUUCCUGAUCAUUUUUCCAGUAGACGAGGCGUAAACCAACCUUGGCACCGCCUGAUCACAAUGACAUGAAUCCACAGAUUGGAAAGAACAACAUCCGACAAAGUAGGAAAAGAGACGGUGACGUCGGCCGGUUGUUUAUGAACCACCGUGUGUGUGGUGUGAUACAGCCGCCUGUAGAUGAUCCGUAGGUAAAAAUGAGAAGAAUCCCUUGUUCCUGGGCAGCUGUCCACACGG